AUGCUCUCCCUUCCGCUUACGAGUUUGUCCACGGCUCAAGACGCGGAUGCCAAGCAGCAAAAGUUCAACUGGCAAAAAGAAACACACGACCUCACUUUCGUGAUUGACAGCUAUGGUGGGCGUGAUAAUGCUCAGCUCAUAAAAGUGGUUCAGGGAACGCAGGUUCGGCAUCUGAUAGAGAUAGAGCGACUCGUAAAGGAAGGGGAGCAAUUGGUUCGUCAAAUGCAAGAUCAUGGAGUGCAAAUGCAGGCGGAACAGCUGCCAACCUCCGCUAUCGUUCGCAGCCCAUUGCUUGCUAUUCGAUGGCGAUUGCCCAACCAAAAGGUUCGUCGUAUCCAAAUCAGGUUCAAGUCCGAAAGAGACUUUGACACAGCAUUCAAUCGCCUUCGUCAAAUCGGCCUCCACAUGAAUGGGCACAACACUGCAUCGUCCAUAACAGCUCCAUCUCCUAGUCCAUUACAAGUAUCUUCAACAUCCUCUGGACCAGUUCUGAAAUCUACUACUUUUUCUGAGAAAUCUAUGAGCAGUGCCAGCCUAGGAAGUGGACUGACCUGCCCUCCAUCGCGCUUAGCAGAAAUCUCCAACCGACCUCAAACGGCCGCCAAUGCAUCUACAAAUUUCGAGCCUCACAUACACGCAAUUGCUAACGCUCGUCUGUCGCCUGCUGCUCCAAGCUCUGACCGAGGAGAUACUCUUACUCCAACUUCUUUCUCCAAUCCACUGAAUCCACCAGUACUUUUCCCUCGGCCUCAGUCUGCUACCGCUGAUAUUCUGAGUCGUAGUUGGAAAGAUGUCUCUCCCUUCUCAGAUCACUCUAGCUCCACUAUAGAAGAGCCUCUGCAAGCAUCUACUGAGCGCCCAGAGACUGCAAUGCUUUUCAACCGCCCAGGCACCGCUGAAAUGCUACCGCCGCGACGAGAACUCCCUUUCCAACGCCUAUCAGAGCCAAGAUCAUCGGGAAGUGACAGUGGGCGGGCUCCUGAUAGUAGACCAUCCACCGGGUUGAUGGGCCCUCCUGCUCUGCCACGUUCAGCUGCCCAACGACCCGGAUCCAGUCGUAGCGCAAACAGUAAGGAUAUCGAGCUUCCUCCUCUGCCACAGCCUACUGUGAUUGACAAGGUUGGCCGUGGAAAGCAGCCAAUCCAGCAACCCCCCGGUGCACCGAACCAGGACCAGAACUCAUUUCAACGUGCAAAGACAUCCCCAAAUAACUAUUUCGCGAAUGUACCGUCACUUACAGCAUUAUCGUCUUCGUUGUCUUCUCCGCUAUCUUUCACAAAUUCGAAUUCCCCUGAUUCGAUAUUGCUACAGAACCACAGAUCAGAAGCUAGCCAUCGUAUCUCGACUGCAUCGAUUGCCAGCGGUACUACAGUCAGAGCUAAUGAUGUCGAGCGCCUAGCGGCAUAUACGAUGCAAUCUGACGAAGCCCGUAGAGCGGCACUCAAUGAGUUCAUCUUCCGCCAUCUUGAGAGCGACGAGUUUCUCACGUUAGUGGAGGACGUGGAAACUGCUUGGGCUCGGGUUGUCCUCGGCAUGCGAUGA